GUGUCGAGCUCUUAGAGCGAGUACUUACAAUCUAUACACAAACUAUUAACGCACGAUCUGUCUCCACUAUAAUUGCUGCUUCCUGGAUCCUUACCGUUUGAAGUGGAACAUCCCAUUUACUUAAUUAGUUCAUUUACUCUUCCAAUGCAAGAACAGUCUCUCUUUUCGUCUGAUUGUUGUUCCUUUUCUAUCUCUGUCUGAUUGAUUAUGAGUUCUUGAUUUUGACCAGUUUUUGUCGGUCAAGAAACAAAAACAAAGUAAAAGAGAAAGGAUGGCAUUGAAGCUUAGAGAGGAGGAAUGACAAGGAACAGAGUUAUAGGUCACAGAAAAUGCGAACUCUUUGCGAUGUGUGCGAGAAAGCCGCUGCCAUCCUCUUCUGCGCAGCCGACGAGGCCGCUCUUUGCCGUGCCUGCGAUGAAAAGGUACAUCUGUGUAACAAGCUUGCUAGUAGACAUGUAAGGGUUGGGCUUGCUGACCCCUCUGCUGUCCCACACUGUGACAUAUGUGAAAACGCACCAGCUUUCUUUUACUGUGAGAUAGACGGCAGUUCCCUUUGUCUACAAUGCGAUAUGAUUGUACAUGUUGGUGGUAAAAGAACCCAUGGGAGAUAUCUCCUACUCAGGCAGAGAGUUGAGUUUCCAGGGGAUAAACCCAGCCGUUUGGAGCAACUAGGGUUGCAACCGUUUGAUCCAAAUGAAACAAGAAAGGAGCAGAGUCAGCCACUUAGGCUCACGACGAGAGAGAAUCAGCAGAAUCACAGGGUCUCUCCUAUUCCAGUGCUGGACAACAACAUUGAUGGUGAUGGCAAGAUGGAAAACCAAAUGAUUGAUCUCAAUACCAGGCCCCAACGGGUACAUGGACAAGCUUCAACGAACCAGGAACAGGGUAUGGAUGUUCCAAAUGGCACUGAUCAUGAAUCUGAAAGCGUCGUUCCUGUGGGAUCCUUCGAAAGAGAGCCUAAAAAGUGAUCUAGGUGGCAUAUGCCUUCAAUUUCAAUAUAGUUUUGAAGUCGGCAAGUAUAUGGGAGGAAUGGCAUUCUUUUUCAAACGACAACAACUAAUUUUGGAGAAGCCAUUACGUUCCAAUCAACAGAUUGAGUUUGUAUACUUCUAUGCUAUGGAUGGAGGAAUUACCUCUUCUUGGAUGAUCAUAUUAUUGUAUCACCCUUCCCGUGCCAUGCUGUAAAACAAUACCGGUCUCUGUGUUGUUCCAUCUAGCAGAUCAUAAAUAGAAUACCAUGGGAAACAUUCGACAAAGUUUAAGGAAACAAGAAUACUGAAAUUGAUUGUUCUAACUCGUCAGUGAAUUCAGAUACCCUGAAAUUUCAAUUCCAGAGAAUUUAAGCAGGAAUGAGAGAGGGGUUGUGGGUUCCGGGAUGUCCGACCAGGUUCUCGGAGACUGGGAGCUAAACAGUUAUGCUGAACUAAUCAAUAGAUUGUUUAAAAUUUAUGCAUGGUGAUUCUGAUGAGAAUUCCGAUCAAAGUUUAGAUAUCAAGCAGACUACUAACUUAAAGAAGUUUUAGGAUAUGAUGAUGCAUAUAUAAGCAGACACUACCUAAUCUCAUCAUCAAGAAGUUUAUUAAGUGGCUAAAGAGUACAUGUAAUGGAACAAAAAGUCUGCACGCUAUAGAGCAUAACACAAUCCAGGGAAAUUAGUAUUCAUUCCCCCAUCACCAUUGUCUUCUUCUUCGUCAACUUCUUAACCAUCUUCUAUUAGCUUUGGCACAAGCAGCUUAGUAAACGUAUCCCUUGACAAACAUGCCUUUCUUGGCCUCUUCUGACUCUCCCUCACCAGUGUACUUUCCAAGCUGGGCAAGAGAGUUGGCCUUAGCGCGGAUAAGCAGUGCGUCCUGAGCAGCCUUGACGUUCUCGGGCCUGCCUCCCCAUGUCUUAAGGGUGGUGUUCUGGAGGGCUCUGGCGUAGGAGAAAGACACGUGCCACGGGUUCGGAGAUUGG